AGCAGGGCAAUGCGUAUCAGUUCAUGUAUCCCUUCUCCAGUGGGCGGGUUACAUGCGUAGGACAAAUGGUUGUGCGAGGACUGAUGGGUUUCACUCCUUGUACCGUGCACUCGUCCUCGUUCUGACUAUCGCCUACCUCCUUCAGGAGUUCGUGUAUGCUUACCAGGAGAGAAAUGACAUGACAAAGUUAUCACGCGUCAUGUUCCUCUUACUUUGCCAUAUAACGUCCAUCGCUAAGCAAAUAGUUUUCCAUUACGAUGCUGACAGAAUACAGGAAAUGAUUGAAGGUUUUGAUGAUCCCAUAUAUAAUGGAGAGAGUGCUAGUGCCCUCUCGUUACUUCGAAGUACGACAUUGGUGGCACGGCGUUUGGAGCGGGCGUAUGCUGGCUGUGCUAUACUGACGUGCACAUUAUGGCUUGUGUUCCCUGUGCUGCACCGAUUGUCUGGUAAUCCUGUGCACUUCGCUUUCUGGACCGGUAUAGACACAGAUCCACCAGCGAUGUUUGUAGCUGUUCUAUUGUACUCGUACUACGUGACCACUUUAGUCGGAAUUGCAAAUACAACGAUGGACGCAUUCAUUGCUACUAUUUUAUUCCAAUGCAAAACACAAUUGACCAUUUUGAGAUUAGAUUUUCAAACUCUUCCUCAACGCGCCCUAAUUGAAUGUCAAAAAAAUGAUCUCACUUAUGAAAGCGCUUUAAUUAAGCUGUUUGUGAAAUGUUUUCUCCAUUACAGACGAGUGACCGAAACGGCUGCGUUAUUGCAAGACAUCUUCGGAACAGCUAUAUUAGUACAAUUUGGAAUAGGAGGUUGGAUUCUUUGCAUGGCUGCCUACAAGCUCGUCAGUCUAAACGUGUUAAGCAUUGAGUUCGCGUCCAUGACACUCUUCAUUCUCUGCAUACUUACUGAAUUAUUUCUAUACUGUUAUUACGGGAACGAACUUACGGUUGAGAGCGAGCUCAUAGUUCGCUCGGUGUACUCGAUGCGGUGGGUGAGCUCUCCGCUGCGUUUCCAGCGGUUGCUGCUCCUCCUGAUGCUGCGUGUCCGACGUACCCUGCGACCAGCGGCCGGCCGUGUCAUACCACUCUCACUUGACACAUUCGUUAAGAUUCUUAAAUCUUCGUAUACAUUUUACGCUGUGCUCCGUCAGACGAAGUAAUCAAGAAGAAAAAUAGGACAUUAGAAAAUACUUAGAAUGUAGAUUAGAUCCAAAUAUUGUAACGGGAUAUCGCUGUAGAAUAAAAGGUUUUAAAAGCCUGGAGUAUUACGGCCACCUUUUAUCUUUUGGUUUUUGUUUAACACGUCAAUAUUGUUUUCAGCAAUAAACCGUAUGUUUGUAUGAAUAGGAAAGAAAUCAUAUUCCUUCAUACCCUGCGCACUCAUAUCGUAAUGAAGUCCGAAUACUAACAACGCAGACCGCCUCUUACAAAAAUUCAUACAAAGCGGCUCGCGUUCAUUUCAAUUUCAUAGCAAUAUAAUUUUCAUUCAUUUGCAUUUCAUUCAGUUGGACCGCCAUUACCAUCCAGACAGGUCGGUACUACAAUUAAAUAUUCCAAUUCUAAGGAAAGAUUCUCCAAAACAUAGUUUAAGCGACUAUACAAAUACAACAUUUUAUUUUAUGAAUCCAUUUAUAAAUCCUUUUGCUACACAAAUAUUUUAUACUCUGUGCUCUCAUUUGUGGCGUUAUAUAUAUUAUCUAUGUCUUCUACAUUGUGUCUUAUAUUUGCAAUUCUAAGAGUUAAUUUAGUCCCCGGAGUC